AUGUAAUAAUAGCAAGUUCCUAAUUCUGUACCUCUUGAUAUUUUAUUAGCUCAAUUAAAAAAUCCUUUGAUUGUUAGAGAAGAUCAUAAAUAAUGUAAUUGGCAUUAAUAAUAAAAGUAUUAAAGUAAAGACAUCAUCAAAUGCCUGAAAUAAUUAAUAGUAAUUAUGAAUUGUUAGCAGAUAAAUAUUUACUUUUAAGUAAUGCUUUACCAGGAUGUUCUCCUGAAUUAAUUGUUGAAGAAUUUGAAAAAGUUGUUUAAGUAGUGUAGAAAUGCUGUAAUUAAUUUAUUGAAAAAAUGAAAAAAGUAAUUACUGAUCUAUAAGCAUUUGCUAACUAUGAUACAUAAGUAUUGAAAGGAUAUUUAACAUAAUCAACUGAUGUUUUUUAAAGAUGUUUUUAUUUAGCUGAAAAAGAUUUAACAAAUUUUGAUGUUGAUUUUAUGAUGGAACAUUUCACCAAUCCAGAAAAUUCAAUCUAAAAUCAUUUACUUACUUUGAUUUUUGAGAGAAAUUAAAAUCUAUAAAAUGUAAUGUAAAAGGUUUAUACAGAAUAACUGGAUUUUGCAGCAUAAUUUCGUGCAUAAUUUGAAUAAUUAUGUAAUACAAACCAUUUUGAACCAUUAAACAAAUUAUUAAAUAAUUAGAAAUAAUUUUGGUCUAAUAGAGUAAAAAAAUAGAUUUAAACUUAAAAAUAAUUAAUGGAAGAAUAAUAAGCAUAAUAAGUAUUAGUAUAAUCUAUUAUAUAAUUUGCACCUCAAAUAUAAUAAUUUUAAUAAUAAUAAUAAAUAGCCUAGUCUUAGAUUUAAUAAUAAUAAAUAGCCUAGUCUUAGAUUUAAUAAUAAUAAUAAUAAUAAUAAUAAGAUUCAUCAUGGUUAACAAAAUCAUAGAUGAUUUCGAUUGAGGCAGGAAAUUAAUAAAUGAUAGAAACAAUGCUUAGAUUAAGAGCACAUACACAUGAAUUAAUGUAAUAACAUGAUAAAGAAUCUAAAAAAGAUGUAAAAAGACAUUGUAAAUUAGAUGGCGGUGGUUCGUUUGGGUAAUUAAUUGAUUAUGUAGUUUUAGUUAUUGUUGGACAGGAGGUUAUGGAUGGAAAGGUACAAUUUAUGAAGAAUUGGGAUUGUCUAUAUAAUGUCCAUAAUGUUAGGUGUUAAAUUAGGAUAUGCAUAAUUUAGCUUAAAAAUUAUAUAAUUUAGAAUAUAGAGAUAAAGGUACUUGGUGGGUUAGAACUUGGUUUUUAUAUAAGAAAUGA